AUGGAGAUGAGAACAAAAGUGAGAACGAUAAGGAGUCGAUGGGGCCCCGUAUUUGAAAACGAAAAGCAAGCGUUGAAGUACUCGAGUUGAUUCCUGGUCUACUAUCUGCUGAUGUGUAUUUUGUGUUUUGAAGCCGAACAUAUCACUUUGAAGUACUAAAUCCAAAUGUACGGAUUCUCACACCGAGGCUGGCUUGGUGGCCAUGUCGGCGGUAAGGUCUUGGAGGUCGGUGUAUGUGCUACAGCUGCAUCUGGCUUCCUUCUUUUUGGGUAUGAUCAGGGUGUCAUGGCUGGCAUAAUUACAGAACCAAAGUUCCUCUCCCUGUUCCCGUCAAUGGAGCCUUCGAAUAAAUCAGGUGCUAUUCAAGCUCUCGUCGUCGCCAUCUACGAAAUUGGUUGUCUCGCUGGAUCGAUUGGCAUCAUCUUCUUGGGCGAUAAGCUCGGUAGACGGCGAUCGGUCCUCCUGGGCACAUUCAUUAUGCUCAUCGGAACUGUCAUUCAGGCAACUAGCUUUGGGUUGGCACAGCUCAUUGUUGGGAGAAUAGUUACUGGUAUUGGCAAUGGAAUGAACACAAGUAGUAUCCCCGUAUGGCAGAGUGAGAUGGCACCUCCCAAGAUCAGGGGAUUCCUGGUAUUGUUCGAGGGUGCAUUGAUUACGGGAGGCAUCAUGGUCAGCUAUUGGAUCAACUACGGUUUCUGGUUUGUCACGAAAUAUGGCUCUCUCCAAUGGCGCUUCCCAGUAGCUUUCCAAGCUUUCUUUGGUGUCAUGAUAAUCCUUGGCAUUCUCACAUUCCCAGAGUCACCUCGCUGGUUGAUUAAGCAUGGCAAAGAUGAGGAUGCUGUUGCAAUCUUGAAGAACCUGUUAGAUGCCGAUGACCAUGACGAAGUCCUCCGUGAAGAUCUUGCCGAGAUUCGAAAAAUCAACGCCGUCACUACUCACACCAGACUCACAGUCAGGGAGUUCUUCACCAACGGACCAGAAAUGAACCUCUGGCGCGCCACUGUAGCAUUCCUGUCGCAAGCCUUUCAGCAGGCAGGGGGACUCAACUUAGUUACGUACUACUCAACAGUUGUAUUCGAGUCUUCUUUAGGCUUCGGUCCUGAGCUCUCGCGGCUGAUGACUGCUUGCCUAGGCACAGAGUUCUUCGCAGCUGCCAUCGUCGCACUUUACACCGUCGAUCGCCUAGGCCGACGCCAGCUCAUGAUGUGGUGUGCACUCGGCAUGGCUCUCUCGCUCAUGGUCAUCGGCAUCUGUUUGGCAGCUGCCGAAACCCACGGCCAUGCUCCUGCCUACGUCGCCACCGUAUUCAUAUUCAUCUUUGUGACAUUCUUCGCCAUCGGCUGGCUCGGAAUCACCUGGCUGUACCCAGCCGAAGUCACACCCAUCCGCAUCAGAGCAGAGGCCAAUGGGCUGUCUACAUCGGCGAAUUGGGUGUUCAACUACUUGGUCGUGCAACUGGCGCCGAUCAUGAUCAGCACAAUUGCGUGGAAAACGUACUUUGUGUUCAUGUGCUUCAAUUUCAUGUUCAUUCCGGUCGUCUACUUCUACUUUCCGGAGACUAACGGAUACAAGCUUGAAACGCUGGAUGCGAUAUUUGCUGAAGCGCAUGCGAAGAAGGAGAAUCCGGUCAAGACGGAGAAGGACAUCCGCAAGGGUGUCAGGACGCUUGACGUGGAGAAGCGAGAGACGGAGGCAGCAAAGGACGAGCAUGUCCGUGGUGAGGUGUUACAAGAGUCCGAGAGUCGCGGGAGUGAAGACGAAAAAGAUGAGACGUAUUCGAAGGCAAGCUCGUCGUCAUCUUGAAAAUGUCGCAUAUAGAAUUACUUUAG